CACCGGUGGUGGAGAACAUCGGGGAGGAGCUCGUCGUCGACCUCGAGGAGGAGGAGAUCAUCGUGGGAUCCGAAGAGUGAGUGGUAGCGAAUGGAGAUCGAGGAGCCCUCCGCGGUGAGCUUAAGCACCGAAUCCGCUCCUCCUCCCCACGCCUCCUCCUCCUCCUCCUCCUCCUCCUCCUCGCUCCAUGAGAUCUUCCUCCAGGUGUGCUCCCGCUUCCCCCUCUCAUGGCGCCCCGUCCACCGCCUCCUCCUCUUCCUCCGCCGCUUCCGCUCCUUCGACCCCUCCCCUGCCGCCUCCGCUCGCCUCCUCGACGUCCUCGGAAAGUCCCGCCACGUCCACCUCCUCUGGUCCACCCUCCUCGACCUCUCCUCCUCCGCCGCCCUCUCCCCCGGCCUCCUCCGCGUCGCCGCGCGCGCCCUCGGCGAGGCCCGCGAGAUCUCCAAGAUCCGCGACCUCUUCGCCCUGAACCCCUCUCUGUGCACCGCAGAAACCCUAAACCUCGUCGUCCGAACCCUCUGCGAGCGCAGGAUGGUCGACGUCGCCAUCGCCGUGGCCUCCAAGCUCCGGGCCCGCGUCGCCCCCGAUGCGGACACGUACGCGCUCCUCAUCGCGGGAUCCUGCCGCGGCGGCGACCUCGCGGGCGCCGCGAAGCUGUGGAACGCCGCGGCCGCCGCGGGGAUCGAGCCCGGGGCCGACGCGCACGACGCGAUGAUCCUCGCCAUGCUCAAAUCCAACCGCUUCGAGGACGCCGCGGCGAUGCUCAAAUCCAUGCGCACGAGGAGGCCCCGCGACGUGGGUCUCGAGUCUUAUAGCAUGGUGAUCACUCGGCUAUGUAAACGAGGUGCGCUCCCCUACGCUAACAUGUUGUUCGGUGAAAUGCUUAAGAGAGGUAUAGAGGCGGAUGGUGUUACAUUAGGAGCUCUAGUAUACGGGCUCUUGGCGAAGAGGAAGGUGAGAGAGGCAUAUAAGGUUUUCUGCGCGGUUAGGGACCCGGAUAUAAGCUUAUUCCAUGGAUUGAUCAAAGGGUUGUUGAGGAUAAAGAGGGCAAAUGAUGCAACCCAGGUGUUCAGGGAAAUGCUUGAGAGAGGGUGUGAGCCGAUCAUGCACACAUAUAUUAUGCUUCUACAGGGGCAUAUGGGGAAGAGGGGUAGAAAGGGGAAGGACCCAUUGGUGAACUUUGAGAGUGUAUUUGUUGGGGGGUUGGUGAAGGCGGGGAAGACGCUGGCCGCGACGAAGUACGUCGAGAGGAUGAUGAAUGGCGCGGUGGAGGUGCCGCGGUUUGAUUACAACAAGUUUUUGUAUUAUUUUUCAAAUGAGGAAGGGGUGGUGAUGUUCGAGGAGGUUGGGAGGAGGAUGAAGGAGGUGGGGUUGGUUGAUCUUGCGGAUAUAUUUUUGAGGUAUGGGGAAAGGAUGGCUACAAGGGAUAGGAGAAGAAGAGCAAUGAAUGGGUUGUUAUGAUUUAUAAACAAUAAUGAGGAGAUUUGUUUUAUAUAAUUGUGUAAUUGAGAUUCAUUAAGGUGCUUGCUAAAAUUUGCUGGUGGAUGAAUUGGAAGGGGAAGAUUAAAGAAACAUUGCAAGCAUCGCAGAGGGGCUGCGGUAACUGUUGAAAGAUUCCAACAUAUAUAGACCUGUGGUGAACCAAAAAAAUAAGGUGUUCGCAGCGCUUUGACUUGAGCAACCCUCAACCUCAAACUUCAAGGGUAAAGAUAUUGAAAGCAGUUUAGAAUUUUUGGGUCUUCUGAAGUAUAAAAGAGGUGUUUUUAACCACCACACUACCAAACUAGACCUAAAUCUUCUUCAAGUCUGAGGUCUUUAAAAAUGAGUGAGCGCAAUUUGUCCAGGGUCAAAUUGAUCAAUUUUAUUCCACAAUUAUGGUAAUGAUGUUAGAAAGGAUGAUAACAGCUCUCGCUAGAGCUUAUAAUUUCAGGCCGAUUAAGCACUACAAAAAGGUUUGAUUCAGUGUUUGGUCCAAAUUCAUCUUGUGAAUGCAUUGGUCAUCAUACCAUACAGGUUGGCCCAGAAUGCCAUAAAAAGUUUAUUGUUGUCCAAACCUUGCCCGAUAUAGCGCCAUCUUGGACCAGAGAUGUGUAAAUAUGUUUAGGAUAUGGCGGAGGAGAUAUAGAGAGAAGGAGACGUCAAGAUAGAAAAACGUGAAGCUGAGGGAGGAAGUUGUUGUAUCGAUGGAGGUAGGCGAUAAGCAAUUAUUUUGAGGUGGAUGUGGAAUUGAUUCAGAAUCAUAACUCUGCUCUACACCAAUUGAUAGCGUAUGGAAAGGGCUUCGCUUCAUUGGUGCGACGACUUGUGAUUUCAACUCGCUCGAAAUCGGGCCAACAUCUGAUUCAUCUGACAUGCAUGUAAUGUUGACUCGGAAGAUCAAUCCAGAACUAUAGACAUCAUGGGAAGAAAAGCACUGGGGAUAAGGGCUAAAAAGCAUAUCAGUUUCUGCAAACCAAGUUGGGGGACCAUCCUAUCUGUUCUUGCCGUGCUGGACAGCUGAAAGCACUUCUUGGAUUGUAGAAGAUGGUUGAUCUCCCUUAAAUUUUCCAACUUGGUGUCCGGCUAAAAUUGUCUUCAGGUGAAUAACUUGUCCUUCUACUUCUCUAGUAGAAGGACAAACGAAAAAGGAAGCAUCCCAGGAGCCCAUUUUCCAGUAAUGAGAUUUGCAAAGCCAUUCUUUCCGCUUCUUCUCUGGCUUCUGGAACUACUUCACUACUCUAAGAAGCUUCCGCGCAAGUAUUAUACAAAUUAACGAGUUAAAAGUGAGCUUCUGGUUCUGAAAGCAGAAACUACAAUUUGAAGCUUCUCUGUUUUGCUUAACAGCCUAAGUUGCUAACAGGAUGUUUAUGGAACGACCGUUUCAAGCAGUUUGUGCUUCUUCAAACAGCUCUAACGAGACAACAAUUCUCAGAAUCUCUGCAAAGCGCCACCUCUUCAGUAAGAUCUAUUUGAGCCUUAGGUCUAUCACAUGCAGAUGACCACUGUAAGCGAGUCGACUUCAUAUUGUUGAUUCUUCUCUUCUAUUUUUGGGAUUGUGAGGCAGGGUGAUUCUAUGUGCAACUCAUUAAUGUUCAGUAUAGAUAAUUAGCGAAAGAGCAGGGGAAUUCUAUUUUAAAAUGCUUGUUUAGUGCGGGAAUCUUGUAUCUUUAGUAAUAAUUGUGGAUUUUUGGGUCGUAUAGACUUGUUUGACUUUACCAUGUUUGGUACAGGGAAUGCUUAUCCAUGGUCCUAACAUAAUAACCAGAGAUUAAGGUCCUGUUUGGUUCGGGGAUAAGCGGAGAUAACGAAAGUUAUCUUCGCUAUUCUGACAAAGAGAUAUGGAUUCUUCCCUGAUAUAUAUAUUUUUAAUGGGCUCCAUUUAAGGCA